AGCAGACUUCCUGCUCACUGCCUCACCAACAUUUGGAUUUUUUUUUAGGGCCAGAGAGGACCAGACAGACUGUUCUGUCUGUUUUUGUCUCUUUCUAUAUACACACACAUACACUUAUGCAUAUGUAUGUAUGUGUAAAGUUACUGAUUCUGAGGUGUAGCCUCAAUCAUAUUCCUCCCAAGUGUGAUGCAGUAGGAAUUACACAGCACCACCUACAAAGGAUUCUCACCAAACAUAUUUAAGCUGAAUCUAAACUAGCCUUUAAAUUUAACCUCCAGUUUCUCUACAGUAGAGGAUAGAGAACAAGUUUCAAUGGCAACAUGAGGAACUAGACAAAUUGUGGGGUAUCCUGUAAGACAACUAGCCUGGUAUCUUCAAAAAAGGCAAUGUCAGAGGAAAAAAUGCAGGCAGCACGGGUAGAUUAGGGACGGAAGGACUAUUUUUGACUAAAAGAGACUAAAGACAUAACGAGAUGCAAUGCAUGAGCCUCGGCUGAGUCAUGGUUUUAAAGAAACAGCUAUAAAAAUGGAGGCAGGGUAGGGAAGUUUGAGUGUGGACCCAGCUUUGGGAUAUUAGGGAAUUAUUGUCAGUUUUCUUGGGUGUGUUCAUUUUACUGUGGUCACGAAGGAGAAUGUCCUCAUUUUUAGGAGGUGUAUGCAAAAGUAUUUAGGGGUGAAGUGUCAAGGCAUCUGUGACUCAUUUUCCGAUGGUUCAGAGAAAAGAUGUCUGCAUAUGAGUGUGAGUGUGAGUGUGUGUGCUGUGGAUCUGCAGAACAGAUACGGCAACACGUUAACCAGUGUUCCGUAUGUGGUGUUCAUUGUCCGUUCUCUUCACCUGAUAUCUAUGCUUGCAGAUUUUCUUAAUGAAGUUGAAAAACAGAACCAAGCACGAGUCCUUGUGAGAUGAGAAACAAUGCGCAUGUUGAGUUUCAGACCUGGGGUGAAUCGAAGCUCAGGCAGAGAGGCACAUGUGAUGAAUUGGGACAGUUCAAGGGACGCAUUCUUCACAGGCAAGUCUGUGUUGUCAACAAGUCCCCUCAGUGGUAAUGAUACUUAGUCAAUGGUCAUUCAUGCCUCUGUUUUGAAUAAUUUCCCCAAGUGAGUAAGUCAUCAGUUCUUGGAGCUUUAUUUUUCUUCUUUGCAUUUUAACUUGUGUAGUUCAUUUUGUCUAAAAAUCACCUGGUGAGAAAUGGAUGAAAAAAAUAAGUUUGGGUGGCAAAGUUUUAUUAUUUGUCAUGGCGUUGUUUUCCUUUUUAAAUUCUCAUUUACCUCUGAAGCAAAUACUCCCUCCUUUGUCUCUGCUAGUAAUUUGAUUCCCAGGAAAUAAAGUUGGGUGUUACUACUCUCUACUGUUAAGCAAAAGGUUUUGAGGCAAGUUUUUCUAACUUAGCUCAUCUAACACCAAAACAGCAGGCAGAGAGUCCUGUAAACUUUAAAAAAAACGCAGGCAGUCCGUUGAUACAGUCACUGGCAGACACAUCUUGAUCUGUCUGGAUCCCUGUGCUCUUGGACUUUUUCUAAUAAGAUAUAAUAGAGCAGGAGCCACGUCCCAAGAGCAUGCAGCUGGGGCAGGAACCCCAUGCGCAGCGUGCCCCCGGGUGAGGCUUGCGGCCGCGCGGAGCUGAGACAUGGCAGCAUGACAGCCCCGGAGAGCGCUGCCCCACGACGCCGCCGGGACGAGGGAGCCCCCGAGCAGCGGCCACUGCCGGCCCGGAGCGCCUGAGCCUCCUUCCCGCGCCUUCCCCACCGCCCGCCGGGCUCGCCAGUCCAGUUCACCCCGUGGCCUCCCGACUCCUGACGUCUCGAACAUCAAUAUGUGUCAUGUCAUUGUCACCUGUCGCUCGAUGCUCUGGACCCUCCUGAGUAUUGUGGUGGCGUUUGCCGAGCUCAUUGCCUUCAUGAGCGCAGACUGGCUGAUUGGAAAAGCCAAGCCCCGCGGCAGCGCCGAGCCCGGCGAGCAGGGCGGAGGCUCCCUGGAGCCCCACCACCCCACGCUGGGCAUCUACGCCCGCUGCAUCCGGAACCCCGGCGUGCAGCACUUCCAGCGGGAGACGCUGUGCGGGCCCUACGCCGAGACCUUCGGAGAGAUCGCCAGCGGCUUCUGGCAGGCCACCGCUAUUUUCUUAGCCGUGGGCAUCUUCAUUCUCUGCAUGGUGGCCCUGGUGUCCGUCUUCACCAUGUGUGUGCAGAGCAUCAUGAAGAAAAGUAUUUUCAACGUCUGCGGGCUGCUGCAAGGAAUUGCAGGCCUCUUCCUUAUCCUGGGUUUGAUACUCUACCCUGCUGGCUGGGGCUGCCAGAAGGCCAUAGGCUACUGCGGACACUACGCAUCGGCCUACAAACCCGGAGACUGCUCGUUGGGCUGGGCCUUCUAUACCGCCAUCGGGGGCACGGUCCUCACUUUCAUCUGUGCCGUCUUCUCCGCACAAGCAGAAAUUGCCACCUCCAGUGACAAAGUCCAAGAAGAAAUCGAAGAGGGGAAAAACCUUAUCUGCCUCCUUUAGUUUGGAAGAGACAUCAAUGCCGUUUUCUUGCUCGUGUAACCUUGUGAAACACUUCACUUCCGGUUCUGUCGUUUGAAUCGAGUGAAGAACUAGCCUUUACCUACCAAAGCCACGUUCCACAGCCCUGAGCCUCGCCAGGACCAACGACAGGCAACACCCAGCUGCACAGAGUGACUGCACAGGAGGGCCACGGUGCAAACUGUAAGAGAUGGAACGUGAAAACAGUACAUAAACCCUGACACGCAGUUAAGUUCUGUCAGACUCCAUCUCCCCCCAAGGCUCAAGGAAGGAUGAUGACCUAAACCCUUAAAGCAGCAGUUUCUCUGGUAACAGAGGAGACCAUUGGCCAGAUUUGCGGGCUGUUGAGAGACGUUUCUGCACAGGUUGCAUGCCUGUGAGCAUCUCUGCCUCAGAGUGAGGUUUGGGGGUUGGUGCUUUUGUUUCCUCCUAGUUCUUUCAAACUCUCUCAGGUGGAGACUGCGAUGAAGACUGCACACCCACCGGGGAGAGGAUGUGUGCUAAAGGGCCGAGCAAGACACUGUCGGUUGCUUAGCUGACCCAAGGGGUCAGCAGGGACAGUGUGGAAUUCUGUGGUGGGACUUAUUCUAGGCUGAAUUCCAGAGUCAGGUGGAUCAAUUGAGCUGUCACUCCAAGAGUUUAGAAAUUUGAGUAAAGGAAGAAUAAGAACCUGUCCAAUCAUGAGAAUAAAAGUACAAAAUCCUGCUAGUGGAGACAAAUUCGUUCCACUCCCCAGCAGCCAGGCUAGCACCAGUACUGGCCCAGUCUCCUCUUCCACUGGAGAUCACAUGGUGUUCUUCUAGGGCUAGGACUGCGCUUUGACUGCCAAAGGAAACCUCGCUCUGUUUCCUGAUUCCAGGGACAGAGGUCUCCGAGCCAGCUGUGGCUCAUUCAUCUGGUGACUGGGAGAGCUUGCCAGAAUCUCAGCACUUGCAGGGAGACCUUUUCCCACUGUGUGGUAACCGUGCUGUAUUCAGCUGUAUUCCUACCCCCCAGCAGCAGCAGGAUGGCAUUCUGUGCAGAAAAAGGAGCUAGAGAUGGGAGUUAAGUUUUUCUAGUUACUGGUGUUGGUCCUGAAAGCAGACUGAAAUAACAUUAAAUUGCUCUAACUGGUGAGUUACAUCAAAGGCUUCAUUCUCAGGAAAGCACAGAGUAGAUAGAAAGUUAAUGCAAAAUGAAUGAGAGCUAGACCAAGCUCAUAGCACCUGCCUAUACCUGUUUACAGAAUGAAUGAAACACCACUAUUAAAAAGGAUUCAGGGGCUUUUAAUCUAGUUUCUAUAAAUCACCAACAUAAUUGAUUCAGGAAAAUGAUAUUAGCCAUCACUUCAGACUUACUUUGGAACCGAUCAAAGUGACCAGAAAGAACCUAGUCUGGUAUUCUCCUGAGCUUCAGAAUUGCAGAAUGCGAUAGAAACACUUCUUUGCAAUUUAAGCAAAUGGAGUGGACCUGCCAAAUUUCUGGAAGGACUAAAAGGACAGGUCUCUUUAGGCUUAUGAAUCUGCUUACUUGAGGGCUUGCUUUGUUUUGAAAAUUUAACAAAUAACUAUGAACCUUGUUCGGGCAAGGUACUGUGUGCUAAGCACCGCCAGGUAGAGAGCCCCGAUUCAGAUUUGACAACCCUGCCCUGAGAAAAUCAUCUUAAAGCUGUGUGAGUCUAAAACCAUGCCUUGCUGCAGAACAAGUAAUUGCUGUAGUUGUUCCAUUCCAGUUUAAUUCCAUUCUAGCCUUCGGCCUGUACCAGAAACCGUUUUCUCUCACAGAUAAUGAGCUAAAGGGCAGGAAGGCGGGGGCAUGCAACCAGGUCUUCAUGAGCUCACCAUUCUUAGACCAAAGUUCAGAGUAAAAGCAAGAUGUACAUCUGUGACUUCAAGGGGUAUCCUUCAAGGGGUAUCCUUAUGUAUCCUCAUAGCAGCCUGUCAUAAGGGCUCAGGACACAAACAAUAACUGUGUCUGACGCCACACAGAAAUGAUAGGUUAUGGCAGCCACUGGACAGGACUCCUGUCCCUUACUGUGCAUCUGUAUGCUCUAACCAAGUUCUGAUGCCAUCACAGUCAUUGCUUUUUAACCCUUGGCAAUAAUUUUCAUUUAAAAAAAAGCAACUCCCUCCAUCAGGCAAAUGAUUUAAAACCCAAUUUUUUUCCUUAAAUUUAUCAUCACAAGAUUCACUGUACUUCUUCUUCUAUACAAGAUAGAGAACCCAUGUUACAACUCUAAUUUUACACUCUCACUCUCCUCGCAGACAAGUCAUAAGCUUAGAGGAUUCUCUAAGCACGUCCAUCAUCUUUACUGCCUGACUGCGCCUUCACUGAGGGGCGGUGGAGGGCGGGAUAUUCCUAGGUCACUCUGAUAACAGAAGUCAUGAGCGAAAACGUGACCUCUCUUGGCCAGAAGAAAGUCACCUGACAGUGUUUACUUCAUCAGUCUGAAUGCUACAGAACACCAAAAAAAAACCAGCACAUGCACACACACAAAACCGCAAACCACUAAAAGCCGCUUAAACACUGAUUUGUUAAGCAGAGCAGAGAUGAAAUUUCUCUAGCAGAGAAAGAGGAGAAAGGUAAUGUGGGCCUUCUAAACCUUUAGUCCAUUUAGCCAGGCUUCAGUUGGGAUAAAUGGACUAUCAAAAUCAGGCUAGUCUAGACAAAGACUGCAUGGCUGUUUAAAAACCACUGCAUAGGAGGAAUGUGUUAGAAGGAAAUAAUAGAUUAAAAAUAAUUAGACAAUCGUUGACCCGCAGCUAUUUUUCUAUUAAAUUUCUAUCAAGCGCCUCAGUCUAAAAAUCUAAUAUACCUGGACCAUUACUGCUACCAGCAAGUCUUAUUUAUUUUUUGCCUGCGUUUGUGCUUCAAGUUUUGUGAUGGGGCUGGGCUUCUCAAUGAACUCCAAGAAGGCAGAGAUGUGUGCUUUGGAGUCUGUGGAUUUUUUAAACCUGUGUGCUGAUUCAACAAUGUUACAUUAAUUGUGUAAGGGUUUUUGUAUAGUUAUCAAACAUCUGUGGUGUAAUGAUCUUUGUUAAACAUGUAUUCUGUAAAGUGCCAUUGUCUUUUUUAUGUGUAGCAUAUUUAAAAAAUAUAUAUGUAUAUUAUACAUACACAAGUCUGUGUGAAAGAUGUGCAAUAACAAAGGUGUAUGUAUGUUUUGUUUUUUGGAAACUGGACAGGAGUCAGAACAGAGAUUGUUUCUGUUUUGGCAAAGGAGAGUUAAACAUAUUGCCUUCAUGGCCUAGUCAUUAACCCAUAACAAUUUUAAUGCUACACAAACCUAUGUGAAGAAAAGACUGGUAUGAAAUCAUUUUUUUCCUGGGUCUAAAUUAAAAUAAUCACUAGAUUUAUGUGAAAGUUAAGCCAGCAAGACAGGCCCAGUUAAUGCUAGUCUUUCAUGUGAAAUGUGAAGCUGCCACGUUGCCUUUUCUGUUUGUGUGAUAACUAGUAGCUGGUACAUAAUCACUAAGGAGCUAUUUCUUAACAUGCUUUGAUAGACCACGUUAAUGCUAGACCACUAUUUAAGGGCUAAUCUCACACCGUCUUAGCCAUAAGGGUCUGCUUAGAACAGACCUCUCUGUGCAAUAACAUGUGGCCACUGGAAAUCCCUGGCCUGCGUUUGUAUUUGGGCAGCAGUGACUCCCAAGGGCCAAAAGAAAUAAAAGCACGACUGGGAUUUCUUCUGAGACUGUGGUGAAACUCCUUCCAAGACUGGGGGGUCAUGAGGUGCUUUGGAGGAACUCAGCACCACUUGAUAUGCAACAGCCACUUGAGCCAAAUAUAAAAUUGUAUUACCGCUGACGGACUCCAUGUGAGCCUUUGAAUUUCUGCUUAUCCUAUUAUAUUGUAAACUAAUACAUUAUUUGUCUAGCAUUGAUUAGGUUCCUGUGCGUAUGUAUUUUCACAACAUGCUCCCCUACCCUCCCCAGAUAUGAAUUAAACCAGAUUUUGCAAACUCA